GUAGCUCGCGCAUUCAUUGGGAAAUCCGGUCCGGAGGGAAGAUUCUAAACGGGGAGGCGGCAGGAGAGUCCAUCUGGGCAGGUGGAGGAGGGGGAUAUACAACGAAGGCGAGAGAUGGACGGUGGCCCAGCAGCAUCAACGAUUUAGGUGUAAAUACAAAUUGUAGCUGCUUUUCAAAAAUUUAAGGGGGAAACAAGGAAGAUGACAUCAAACCCAUCUGGACAAGGCUUUCAGAAUAAAAACAGGGUUGCAAUUUUGGCUGAGCUAGACAAGGAGAAGAGAAAGCUGCUGAUGCAAAACCAGUCUUCCACAAAUCAUCCGGGAGCCAGCAUCUCUUUAGCUAGAUCUUCCCUUAAUAAGGAUUUUCGGGAUCACGCCGAGCAGCAGCACAUAGCAGCACAGCAGAAGGCUGCUUUACAGCAUGCUCACGCACAUUCUUCAGGAUACUUUAUAACGCAAGACUCAGCUUUUGGAAAUCUUAUUCUUCCUGUAUUACCACGACUAGAUGUAGAAUAAGAGAAAAUUCAUGGAACAAAAAACAUCUGGAUUCUUCUAGUCUACUUUUCCAACUUUCAGGCAAUCAUUUGUGAGAAGAACUGAAAACUGUUCAAAAUGGCUUUGAUUUUGGGUUCCUAAUAUUUUGUUUUUAGGAGACAAUGCAAAAUGUAUUCUUGAAAUUCCUUGGUUUUAUUCUUCCAUUACAUGUGCAUUGGCAUUUUUUAAGAAUUCAUUUUCAUUUUCUAGCACACAAGAAUAAGGCUUUAAAUCAGUAAAGGGGGCGGGGGGGUGCAAUGUCUCCAUAACAGAAAGAUCUCUAGCAAUGUCUUACUACCCAUUUAUUAAAUUGAUUAUGCCCAAGUCUUACUGGUGAGCUUCGAUAGUUCCUAAUACUGUAAAACAUAGAACGUUGGAGUUUACAAAUUCAAAGAGAAACAACCAUGUGCAUGGGACAGAUGUAUCAAAUAAAGUUAACGUUUAAUUUAACAUAA